AUGAAGAAAACAGAAAUUGUCAUGGAAUCAAUCUGGGAUGAAUUUAGUUCCCAGGGGCAGGACAAUGGUCAAAUAAAUUAUGUACCCACCAUUGACCUCACUGCUAUGAAUGGCACCCCGCUUGAUGUGGCUUCGAAUGAGCAGGAGGCAGAGGCCGCAAAUAUGCCGGCUCCUGGUGGAAAAAAGAAGGGUACUACCUCGAGGUCCAAGAAUUUUGCUCAAGAUGAAGACGAGGCACUCUGCUCUGCCUACCUGAACGUGUCAAAGGAUGCUGCAGUUGGGGUGAACCAAACUUACAAGUCAUAUUGGACAAGGAUAAAUACCGCCCGCUUCUGUGGUUUCUAUAGUGACAUUGUUAGGCGCAAUCAGAGUGGGAAAAGUGAAGAUGACAAGGUGAAGGACGCUCUGCAAAUGUAUGCCGGUAUCGUUGGAAACCCAUUCAAGAUGAUUCAUUGCUGGUUAAUUCUUCGCCAUUCAAACAAAUGGAAUGACUGGUUAGCGAAGGACUGGCAGAAAGGCACCAAGAAGGCUAGUGUCCAAGAUGUGUCUCAAGGUUCUCCGGGUGCUAGUGUUCAAGAUGGGACUGAGGGUUCAACUGUUCCUACCCGGCCACCAGGAAGAGACAAGUCAAAAAGGCUGCGCACUACCCCUGCUGACACCUCUUCUAGUAGUUCAGCAUACAUAGACGUGCUGCAAAAGAUUCAUGAAGAUAGGUCCAAGUACGAUGCAAGAGUAGAGGCUGCAACCAUUGAGGAAGCCCAGGCGAUUGCUUCACGGGCUGAGAGGAAGCUUGCCCUGCAGGAGCAACAUGUUUCGAUUCAGCAGAAACAACUGGAGAUUGCAACUCAGAUUUUGAACCUGCAAAAGGAAGAACAAGAAGAUAAGGUCAUGAGUCUUGAUGUGGAGAAGUUGGCACCAUGGGUCAGGGAUUACUAUAUUGCGAAGCAGAAGAAGAUUGCCUCGAGGGCGCUUGCCAGUGGCGGGCGUUCGGAUGCUUGA